AUGAAUGGUACAAAUAUGACGGAUGUAGGAGUCGUUAUCUACAAGAGCUUCCGCCAAAUGCUGUUUGCUGUUGCACACCUGCAGAGUCGGGAACCCGUGGAAGGAGAAGAAUACCCGGUUACUUCUCAUUUCGAGGAAGUUUCAAUUUAUCCGAAAGGCUCGGAUGAGACGUUGACCGUUGCCUCGGAGACCCAAGCCACGAAAGUUCAAUUCCCGACUUCUAACACAAGUUUCUCACAAUCCACUGGUAUCUAA